AGACCCAAUACUACUACAUGAUUACAUGAUGGCAAUGCUACCUUCCUCCCAAAUAGCCAUGCGCAACCUCGUAUAGGGUCUUGGCAUGAACCAACAACCAACACCACUAUAUUCGAUUUCUGCUUUUCUCGCCAAAGUCUUUGAGCCUCCUAUAUAUAGUGGAGCUCCCACGAUUGAGGUCUCAGUCCAAGAUCACACACCGAGUAAUUCAGACGACAUAAUUCUCCAAAAUGAGCAGAAUGCUAACUUCCAUUCUCGUUUUCGCCGCCGCCGUUCUGGCAUGCGAAAUCCCCACGGACGUGCUGCCUAACAACAUCACCGAAAGCUUUUCAAUCCAGGUGCAGAACGUGUCGUUCCCGGAGAUCCACAACCACUUCCUCAAUAUCUGGGACUGGGGCGGCGGCGACCAACACAUCUUCGUCAGUCCCGCGGGGAACUCCACGAGCGAACUUACCCUCGUCGACGGGGUAGUCACCCUGCCGUGGGAUCCGAUCCGGCGCAUCGUCAUUAAUGGAGAAUACGAGCCCAAAGACAAUACAACCAAGAUGUUCAUGACGGAGCGCGGCGACCCGCGCGCCAUCUUCGACGUUGUUUAUGGUUGUAACCCGGAUACUGAUGCGCUGCAGACGGAGCUCGCUAUCAAGUCUCGCGGCGACGAGGAAUUAGGUGGGAAUGUUGGUGUGCGUCCGUUUAACGGGAAUUUUGACUUUCGGUGGACGCCGGAGGGGAAUACUGCGUAUGAUCCGGAGAGGCCGUGGACGAAGGUGACUUUGGUGGUGGUUUAUCCGUGAGUUGGGUACCUAGGUAGGUAGGUAGGUAGGCUUUGGUCCUAACGGCCACGCCUUUAGGGAUGAUAUUAUGAGAGGGGAGUUAAUGUACGGA